AUGACGACUCCGUUUCCUGUUCUCCGUCUUCCGUACCUCGUGCUUAUGCCUAUAUUGGAGCAGAUGGAAUUUAUGGAAAGAAUCACACUUUCGGUUCUCUCUAAACGAGCCAGAAUGUUUGUGAAACUUCUUAAAAUGAAGUGUAAGCAUAUCAAUUUGAGGUUGGAAUAUAAUACAGUCAAGAUGAACGUCUGUUUUGAUAAUGAUGAAGAAUUGAGUGUGGAUAUGUAUACCGAUAGACUUAAAGUCAAUUUGAAACAUGGAAAGGAUCACAUCUCUUGGUGGCCCGGUAGCCUACCUCCAAUGGACUACGUUCUCCCAAUCAUGGACGUCACUCACUGCAAGUCGAUUAAGAAAUUGAUAUUCCCAAAAGUAUAUGAAUACGAUCCUGCAUAUGACACUACAAUCCCACUCCUCACGAAGCUUCCAAAAGUAGAUGAAGUCAUUGUUGAGGACUUCACUUCGUACAUCUUUUCUCCGGACUCACCGCUUCGAAACGUUUUGAGAAUCAUUUUACCAGUAUCUUCUGCAGUUACCAUUUCCGAUCACGUCCGAAAACCCAAAUACCUCCGAGAAAUUUUCAAAGGGAAUUUCGACGCCGUUAAUGUGCAACUCCUAGGGGAUAACGAUUGGAGGUUUCCUCUCAAUGAUUUGAGAAAAACAAAUGCUAAGACACUCAAGCUUGAUAGUGUAGCGUUCAAAGUAGAAGACCUAAACCUCUAUUUUAAAUUAUGGAUGAAGAAAAAAUGUAAUCCUCGACUGGAAUACUUGAGCGUGAGGCAAGAGGGCAAUGUCAAUAAAAAUCUACUUCUGAAAGGACUCAACGCUGUUCCAGUUCCCAUUGAAACAAAAAGAACAUUCCGGAUUUCGGGAAACGUAGAACAGCUGGGUUGGGGUGAGAGGAUUGUUGUUGAAUUUGAUAUAACAAGAGCCGACAGGAGACAAGCAACAAUCAGAAUUGGAACUCAUGGAACCGUUUGUUUUUACGUUUGGCCAGAAUCUACUAAUGAUACAACAAAUCUUGUGCCAAAUCAGUUUUCAUUCAUGCGUAGAUUUUCUUUCAGUUCUACUUUUUACAAUUCGUUUAUUGAACGUUUCAAAUAG